GUCGACGGCAUCCUGAAAACAGUGCUGCGGGAUGAGACCAUUGCUUGGCAUAAGAAGACCCAAGAGGAUACCUCCUCUCCACUCUCGGCAGCCGGGCAGCCGGAGAACAUGGACAGCCAACAGCUGGUGUCGCUGGUUCAGAAAGCUGUGACCGCCAUCAUGACCAGGCUCCAUAACUUGGCUCAGUUCGAAGGCGGCGAGAGCAAAGUCAACACCUUGGUUGCGGCCGCCAAUAGCUUGGACAACCUGUGCCGCAUGGACCCAGCGUGGCAUCCGUGGCUCUAGACGUCUCCUUGAAGGCUUGGACGAUAGCAAAGCCCAUUGAGAUAUGAUGAGGACCUUCAAGGCCCAUCACGGAUGGUUCUUCGCCCUGAUGUCUCCAGCAUGAUCAUGUUCCCAUGAGCUUGUUGUGUUUUUAGACUCUCAUCUCAAAAGUUCGGAUUCCUUCUUCCUCAUCACGCUGACAUCUCUCCGUUCCGAGGAAAUCAUCCAAAGCAGGAGUGGGGGUCUCCAACCUUGGCAAUUUGAAGACUGGUGGACUUCAAUUCCCAGAGUUGGCUGGCUGAGGAACUCUGGGAGUUGAAGUCCACCAGUGUCAAAAGUUGCCAAGGUUCCAAAGGACGAGAUUUGAACUUUUGCACGUCGGAAAACCAUCUCAUUUUACGCCGUGAGCAAGAAGAGCAGAGAUUUGGCUGGCUGAGGAACUCUGGGAGUUGAAGUCCACAAGCCUUCAAGGUUGGAGACCCCUGUUCCAAAGGACAAGAUUUGAACUUUGGCACGUUUGGAAAACCAUCUCAUUUUACGCCGUGAGCAAGAAGAGCGAAGACGCCGGUGAGAGUUUUGAAACUUGCCUGAGAUUCCUCGCCAAUUUGGGGGUUUAAAAAAAAAAAAAGAAUUAUUCCCCCUUCCUCGAGGAUACCGAUGUGCGGAGUUUUAUUUUUAAAAACUUUACUUUUUGGCCGGUGACAAAGACAGUUGAAAAAAAUCAUUUUUAAUCCAGCC